AUGUCCCAGAAGCACCCAGACUUCUCGACGCUCGCAGCUCGAAUCGCCGUGUCAAACCUCCACAAGAACACGUCCGGAUCUUUCUAUGAGACAUGCAAGAUCCUCCAUGGCUAUGUGGACAAGCAGGGCAGAUCAGCUUCACUUAUCGCCCAGGACGUGUGGGAGUUCAUCGAGGCGCAUGCUGAACGCCUGGACGGGGCCAUCGACUACAACCGUGAUCUGAGCUACGACUACUUCGGCUUCAAAACUCUGGAGAAGUCCUAUCUGCUCAGGGUGCACGGGAAGAUCGUCGAGCGUCCGCAGCACCUUCUGAUGAGAGCCGCUUGUGGCAUCCACCAUGGGGAUGUAGAGGCCGCGCUGGAGACCUACGACCUCAUGUCCAGAAAGUUCUUCACGCACGCGUCUCCCACGCUCUUCAACGCCGGCACGCCGAAUCCGCAGAUGUCUUCCUGCUUCCUCCUGAAAAUGAAGGAUGACAGCAUUGACGGAAUCUAUGACACACUGAAGAAUUGUGCCCUCAUCUCCAAAUCCGCAGGGGGCAUCGGAGUUGCCAUUUCCAACGUGCGUGCACGUGGCUCCUAUAUCCGAGGGACCAACGGCUACAGCAACGGUCUCGUGCCCCUGCUCAAGAAUUUCAACGAGACGGCCCGUUACGUGGACCAGGGUGGAGGCAAGCGAAAGGGCUCUUUUGCCAUGUACCUGGAGCCUUGGCAUGCGGAUGUUGAAGACUUCCUGGAGCUGCGGAAGAACCACGGGAAGGAGGAGCAGCGUGCUAGGGACCUCUUCUACGGGCUAUGGAUCCCUGAUCUCUUCAUGCAGCGUGUGAAGGACAACGCAGAUUGGACGCUCUUCUGUCCAAAUGAAGCCUUCGACCAGGAGUCGGGCAAGGGCCUUAUGGAUGUCUGGGGUGAAGAGUUCGAGACUAUGUACAUGCGCUUUGAAGCCGAGGGCAAAG